AUGUCACGUUAUGAUUUUUGGCAAGAUGACAAUUCCAGCAGCUUUAAUUUUCCUCCAACUGACACUAGCCCUUCAGACACCUUUCUCAGGCAUGCAACAGACUUGUUCAACACUCUCACUGAAGAAGAGGAGCAAAUUACAAGGUCUCUCCCAAUCUUAAUUAGUCAACAAUCCUCAAAACAAGAUCAAGUUGACCUAAUUGAAGCUUAUGCGUUAGAACUUAAAAUCAGAAACCAGGAAAAAAUGAAUCUUUUAGAUUCAUUUUUAUCUCAUGAAAAAAGUCACAGCUUACAAGUCCGUCAAUUAGAGCAGGAAAUCAAAAAACUUAAAGAAGAAGCAUCAGCUGCCAAAAAUAUGAUUAAUAAAAGAAUCAACAGGAUCGCUGGCACAUUGAACGCUACUGACGUCUAUGACUGAAUCGUAGAUAUAGGACUUAUUACUGAUAUCAGUAAAAGUGGCUGGGAAGUCGAAUUUUCUGAAAAAUUCUGAAGCUCAUGAGGAAAGACGAUGGAGAGCCAAGCAGAUAGCAAAGGGGAAGUGAUUGUUAAAAAUGAGCCUAAUAUAAAAAAUGAUGCUGGAAAUACUUCUUGGGAUGGAGCAGUUGUUUCUGUAGUAGGACUUUAUGAUAAAGGUAAAACAUUUCUGUUAAACAAUUUAACAGAUUCUUACUUGCCUUCAGGAAAGAAAGUGAAUACAAGAGGUCUUUCUUUUAACUCCUCCCAUGAGUUUUUUCCCAAAAAAAUUAAAAUAUAAGAAUUUAUUUUAUAAAUAUUAUGAGCUAUUUUAUUUUUAUAAAAUUAACUUUUUAUAUUGUAUUUAUAUAUAAAAUAUUUUGCAUAAAAAAUUUUUGCCCGCUCAAGGAAGUAUUUUUUUAUCAAAAUAGAGAUUUUUACUUGUUCAUAGAGCAGAGGGAGCAAGCAUGUCCAAAUGGACACAGGCACGAAUUUAAUUUUGCUCGAUACUGCAGGGUCUUACUCUCCUGUAAAAGUACUAAACGAAUUUUCUGUUGCAGAAAAAGAAGCAACUGAACUCUUUAUUCUUGACAUGGUUUUUGAAAUUUCUGACUAUUUUAUAUGUGUUGUCAAUGAUUUCACCUCUCUUGACCAAAGAUUUUUAGACAAAAUCACUCGAAGUCUACAAAACUCGAGCACAAAAAUAUUCAGAGAAGUGAUUGUGGUUCACAAUCUCAAAGAUGUUGAAGAUGAAAAUGUUAUUAAUCAUAUAUGGGAAACCCAGGUGACACAGAUUUAUGGGUCUGGGAGUACUCAAAGUACCAAAGUUGCUGCAAAUUCUCCAGAGUCUAAUGAAUUGGUUGAGAAAAGUGUAAGCUGAUUUAAGACUGAUUAUUCACGACAUGUGUGCCUCGCAAAUGCUGACUCAGAAAUUGGGCAAAAACUAAACCCUUGGACAUUUUCACUAUUAAAAUACUGACUUAAGGCUGUUUUUGUGCCAGUAAAUAGGCCUUUAUCAGUUGUUGAAACAGUAGUAUCUAUAAUAAAAUCCAAGAUUUCUUCCUAUUUUAAAACCCCUGUCGAAGUCCAGCUAAUUAACGGUCAAAACCCUCUGAAGAAAAUAAUUAUAUGCAAAAAUAUGUCUCAAUCAGAAAGUCUUCGACUCCCCCAGUUUUCAAUGGAUUCCAGCGGCUUCAUAAUUUCUCGUCCAGACAGCUUUAUCCCUGCAGUUGACAUCAUUGAAGACUCAGCCUAUAAGAUCUACAUGGACAUCUCCGGCCUCUCCAAAGAAGACAUCCUCCUCACACGUCAAAAUGUCCUUACAGUCGUCCAAGGCCGCCGCAAGAAGCCCAACCUAAACAGCCCAGAAAGUGCCAGAGUGAUAAAACAGGAGCGGAAAUAUGGAGAUUUCGCCAUCAGUUUUAAAAUCCCUGAACAAUAUGAAAGAAGAUGGAACUCGUUUGAAGUAAAAGAUGGAGUCUUAAUGAUUGCCUAUAAUAAAGACGAAGAUGAAAUAAGUAAAAUGCAAUAA